CCGCCGGUCCCGCUCAACAAGUUCCCCUCGGCGGGGAGCGGGCCGAGGGGACCCCCGGCAGGAGCCCCCGCCGCAGCCCAUGAGGGCAGCGGGGCAGCGCGGCGGCGGCUCGGCGGCUCGGCGGCAGAUGCGCCCCGGCGCUCCGGCGCUGACGCCCGGCUCGCCCCGGCGGCUGGAGGGAGAUGCUCGCCCAGACCGCCGCUUCUGCGUGAGGAAGCACAAGGCACCAUGGUGAGUAAGGAGCCCAGCAAAUGCUUACUCACCGCCUCGGACAGCGACGUGGAGCCCGCGGCUUCCCUGGCGCUGGAGAUGAAAUACGCGCUGGAUCCCAACCGGCAGAUCAAGAAGCGGAACAAAGCCCUGCAGGUGAGGUUCAAGGACAUCUGCGAGGCGCAGAACGAGCAGAGGGACAAGCAGCUCUGCAGCUCCUCCUCGCAGGACCCCGACAAGAGGGAGGCCAAGGCCAUCUCCUACAAGACGGCCUAUCGCAAGUACAUGACGGUGCCGGCCCGCAGGUCCAUCCCCAACGUCACCAAGAGCACAGGAGUCCAGACCUCCCCCGAUCUCAAAAAGUGCUACCAGACCUUCCCUCUGGACCGGAAAAAAGGGAAUAUUCUGAAAAGCGCCUCAACCGUGGACACGUUACCGAGCGAGAACAACGGCUUCCUGCUGGAGGUGAAGGACAGGGAGGGCCAGGCCAGGAAGGCCGGCAGCCUGCAGACGGCCGAGUUCAUCUCCCACAUCUCCGAGCGCGCCGCGCAGCACGGCGGCGCCGAGGCCUGGGAAAGCAGCGAUUUGCACACUUCUCCCACAGAACCUCCUGCUGCUGCUGCUGCUGCUGCUGCGGCCGACCUGGCCGAGGAGGAGCCGGCGCGGGGCAGAGCGAGCGACGAGGCCGCGCAGCCGCUGCACGGGAGGCUCUUCAAGACCGAGGUGGCGGCCGUUUACCUGCCGGCCUCGCGGGCAGAGCCCGGCCUGGGCCGCUGGGGGCUGAGCCCCGACGAGGACGACAAGAGGACGGUGCAGCUGAACGGGGUGCAGCCCCCCCAGGGCGGCGAGCAGAGCCUGCAGGUCAACGUGGCGCCCCUGGGGGAAGGCCAGCCCUGCCGCGCGGCCGUGGCCGUCAGCCAGGAGUGCCAACAAAUCGUGCCUCACACCGAAGUUGUGGACUUGAAAGCGCAGCUUCAGAUGAUGGAGAACCUGAUCAGCUCUAGUCAGGAGACCAUCAAAGUCUUGUUGGGUGUUAUACAGGAGCUAGAGAAGGGCGAAGCUCACAGGGAAGGGCUUUCCUAUCGGACUGGCCAGGACACAGCCAAUUGUGACACGUGCAGGAACAGUGCAUGCAUUAUCUACAGUGUGGAAUUGGAUUUUAAACAGCAAGAAGAUAAACUACAGCCAGUUUUGAGAAAACUUCAUCCUAUUGAGGAAACUCAGGUUGCACCUUUGCCUUAUUCUCAGGAGAGCUACUCCUCCACUCCCAAGCAAAAAUCCAAAACUGAAUCAAAAAAGCAUGGAAGAUGGAAACUCUGGUUCCUUUAACCCAAGUCCAUGAGGUGUGGAGUUCAAGGCCUUCUCUGACAAGUGUCUGGAGCUGUGCCCACCAGCCCUGAGGGUGUGGUGGAAGGAGGAGUGUCCUGGGCGAGGGCAGCGUGCAGCUCUCACCGUGGGCACCAACUGCAGUGAGGGACUGGUGCCCAGGAGCACAGGCUGGGGAACCCCUGCCCACCUCCACCUGCAGCUUGCCAGUGUGGGAUGUAAAAGCUGAAUGGGAAUUUGGACCAAGAUGGGAAGUAAAACUGUUUCCCCCCUUGUCAGGUCUGAGAGUCGUGCUCUGACCCGUUAAACCGGGAUCCUGCCCCACGGGAAUGGUCAAAGGCUGCUGGGGGCCUGGGGUGUUGUCUCUGGACAACAAGCAGGGGGAAGAACAAGCAGCAAGCCUUAUGUUGGCAGUGGUGUUGAGUUUUACAGCUCCAUGUUGAUUGGGGAGUGCAGUUUUCAGCACAGAAUUCCUGGACAAAGCACAAUUUUCUCAUGUCCGAGACGUGACUGUGGCGUGUUCUCUGCCUCCAUGCGAUGUACACUCCCACAUUUCAGCAUCAUCUCUGGUUCAGCUGUGUCCUCACCACCAGAACCACCACUGCUGCUCAGCCCCAGCAGGGGAGCAGCCAGAAACCUCCCAAAAAUCCAGCCCAGCCUUUAAAAGCACCUCCAGCUCACAGGGUCCAUGGGACAACCCCUCUGCAUCACCCUGGAAAGGUCUAAACAACACAGAACAAACCCAGCCCCAUCCCAAUCUGGAUUGCUGGCACUCGCCAGGGGUUAGUUUUUUUUCUAACAGUCUUUGGAAAAACCUCUCCACUACUGCAGAAGGCACUGGGAGAUGUUGAGGAUGCAGCACUGCUUGGAAGGAUGUGAAAUUGGAAACGUUAUUUAUUUAUUUAUUAAGCUUCUCAGAUGGGUUUCCCAGCUUAUUAUAAUUUAUAUCUCGAUCUAUUAAUUGUACUCAGUAAUUGAAACACUUAAGGGAGAGAUGGGAAUCAGAUAUUUCCUAAUUUGGUUUGGGUUUGGUUUUUUUUUUAAAUGGCACUUAAAAUUUUGUUCUGACUUAUAAACUGCAACUUUUCCUUUAAGUAUUUGGUACUGUCAUUAAACUUGCAUCUAAAAUGAUCAUUGGUGGAAAAAUUCCUCAUGCUAGAAGUGGCCAGGGAGUGGGAAUCUUGUCUUUUGUUUUGGUUUGGGAUUGUUUCCACAAGGAUUUCAGAUAAUUUGAGUGUCAUGUGCCCAACUGGGUCAGAAAUUGCAUCCCCUAUAGCAGCAGGAAAUUCUUCAGCCUUUAGGUGCAUCAUCAUUAAUCUGCACAUACUAAAAAUUUAGGGAAGUGUUUUUCUUUUACACUGUUUCUCCUCUUAGCUCAGCAUCCAGUUUGUUCCCAAGAGAAAACUGGAGGAAAACAAGUUAAUUUUUUUCCCCCCAAAGAACAAGAAAAGCAAGUGAAAAUAGGAAUAGAAAUGCAGAAGAUGCCUAUGGCCAGCUCAAUAUUUGCAGUAAACCUUCAAGAGGGCUAUGAGCUCUUGCACAGAAGCAAAUCCUGAAAUCCUCAGGUGGGAGUUGAAGGAUUAGGAAGGUGAUCCUGUACACCAGGAAGGAAGUGCCAUUGUUUCAUGUGGAAAAACCCAUGUUUCAUGUAUUUUAUAUUGUUUUUAACUAAAAUAUAGAACUGUUUACAAGACAGCCCACAUGACAUGGCUUAGAAUAUUUCCUAACAAAAAAAAAAAAUACCUUUUUUCUUCUAAGCAGAAAGGAAUCUCAAACAUGGACAGAAGGAAAAUACAGUAUUCAUGAUGAAAAUCCCAUUAAUGACUAAUGCACUCCUCCAUGCUAACAGUGUUUGGGGUUUUUGAAAGAAAUUAAACCAAGCAUCUCUCUGUGGCAAUCAGUUCCCAAAUCCUCAGUGCCAGCCCUCAGCAGCUUUGUGUGAGCAGGGAGCCUGCCUCAACCCUGGCUGUGCUUCCUGACUGAUCCAGAGCUCCUGGAUCACGGCACAAGAGGGAGGAAACUCCAGCUGGAAAAACAAAGAGCUCCAAGGGAAAGUUCUCACGGCGUGUUCUGUACAUGUCCAGGCUAUUUUCUUAACAAGUUGCAAAUUUUUAAUUUUUUACAUUUUUUUAAACCUGGGGAAAGCUGACAUUAACCAUAGAGUCUUGCUUCCAACUGACAUCUGGUGUUCUCUGGUCCCCUCCGAUGUACUUUGUAAUAAAAUGUUUUUGCAAGUGUGUAAAAUGUAUCAUAAUUGUAUUGCCUUUAGAAUCACUCAGGCUCAGGUUAGAUAGACACCAAGAGAAAAAAAAAUCCUAAUUCUUUAGAGCUUUUAGUUCAAUGUGACAGAGCUUUUUCACCCUCUUGUAGAAGAUCUUGGAGGUUCUAACGAGGAAAAUGUGUUUUUAUUUUCAAUGUGGCUUUGCUGGAUUCACUGGCAAUCCCUGCACUUCAUACACUCAUUUUCUAGCUGCACUUCUCCCAUCUCCUGCUUCAAAAUACUUUUUAGCCAAUAAAUACUGCAGUGAUUUUAUAUCCCUUGCUCUUUGCUGAGUCCUUAUAAUUUCCACACAGCACAGUUGCAUUCUUUGGUUCAGAACUGUGAGGAAAACACUGUUCCUAUGAGUAGCACUUGGCUUUCUAAAGAUUAAAACAAAAAUAACUGUAAAAAUACUUUUAAAAAAACAGGAUAAACUGAAAAAGGAAAUGUUAUUAUUAAAACUGGAAAGUCCCACCAUGGGUACAAAGUGUUUGCUUUUUCUUGCCUAAAAUGCAAAAUUUUUGUCCAUGCCUUUAAUUCCACUUGAUGUUUUAAAGGUUAAAUCACUUUUUCCAAUCAAAUAAGGUAAUUUUUCAUGAACUUCCCAACCAAGUCAGCUGUUAGAUUAUACCAGGACCUGUGUAUUACCACAUAUUAUAUACUGCUGCUGGAAUUGAGCUGGAAUUGAACCAGACUGCCACUAAAAA